AUGGGCGACUGGAGUUUCCUGGGAAACAUCUUGGAGGAGGUGAACGAGCACUCCACCGUCAUUGGCAGAGUUUGGCUCACGGUGCUUUUCAUCUUCCGCAUCCUCAUCCUUGGCACCGCAGCUGAGUUUGUGUGGGGUGAUGAGCAGUCUGAUUUCGUAUGCAACACCCAGCAGCCAGGUUGCGAGAAUGUCUGCUAUGAUGAGGCCUUUCCCAUCUCUCACAUCCGCCUCUGGGUCCUGCAGAUCAUCUUCGUCUCCACUCCGUCGCUGAUGUACGUGGGGCACGCGGUACAUCACGUCCGCAUGGAGGAAAAGCGAAAGGACCGUGAAGCUGAGGAACUGUGUCAGCAGUCCCGCAGCAACGGGGGUGAGAGGGUACCAAUCGCCCCGGACCAGGCCAGCAUCAGGAAGAGCAGCAGCAGUAGCAAAGGCACCAAGAAGUUCCGGCUGGAGGGCACGCUGCUAAGGACCUACGUCUGCCACAUCAUCUUCAAGACCCUCUUCGAGGUGGGCUUCAUCGUGGGCCACUACUUCCUGUAUGGCUUCCGCAUCCUGCCCCUCUAUCGCUGCAGCCGAUGGCCCUGCCCCAAUGUGGUGGACUGCUUUGUGUCCCGGCCUACGGAGAAAACCAUCUUCAUCCUGUUCAUGCUGUCGGUCGCUUUUGUGUCUCUCUUUCUCAACAUCAUGGAGAUGAGCCACCUGGGCAUGAAGGGAAUCCGGUCUGCCUUCAAGAGGCCUGUAGAGCAACCACUGGGGGAGAUCCCUGAGAAGUCACUCCAUUCCAUUGCGGUUUCCUCCAUCCAGAAAGCCAAGGGCUACCAGCUCCUAGAAGAAGAGAAGAUCGUAUCCCACUACUUCCCUUUGACUGAAGUUGGAAUGGUGGAGACGAGCCCACUUUCAGCCAAGCCGUUCAGUCAGCUUGAGGAGAAGAUCGGCACAGGACCCCUGGCAGAUAUGUCCCGGGGUUACCAAGAAACCCUGCCUUCUUAUGCUCAGGUGGGGGCCCAGGAAGUGGAGGGGGAAGAGCAGCCUGCAGAGGAGGCUGUGGAACCCGAGGUGGGAGAGAAGAAGCAGGAAGCCGAGAAGAUGACCCCAGAAGGGCAGGAGACGGUUGCAGUGCCUGAUGGGGAGAAAGCAGAGACCCCUGGAGUCGGGAAGGACGGCAGCGGCGAGAAGGAAGAGCUGCAAGCCGAAAAGGUAGCCAAGCAAGGGCUGCCGGCCGAGAAGGCGCCUUCCCUCUGUCCAGAGCUGACAACCGAUGACAGCCGGCCCCUGAGCAGGCUGAGCAAAGCCAGCAGCAGGGCCAGGUCGGAUGAUCUCACCAUAUGA